CUGCCCGUAAUUUGACACCAACGAAUACGAAGAGUAAGAACUAAGAACUAAGAAGAGAAGAGGUUGGUCGUGAAUAUCAAUAUUAAGCAGUGUGAGGCAUUUGUUGAUGUAUAGAGCGGAGCCAUGGGCGAGUCAAGCGACUCUGUCUCCAUUGACAUUGAUUUGAUUCCUUUGGGAGGAAAGGAAUGCACGGUUAAAACUAGUAAAGGUUCCGUGUCUGUGCUUGUUUGUGGGGAUCAAGAAAAACCCGCUUUAAUAACCUACCCAGACCUGGCUCUCAAUUAUGUGUCUUGUUUCCAGGGUCUUUUAUUCUGCCCAGAGGCAGCUUCUUUGUUGCUUCAUAACUUCUGCAUUUAUCACAUUGAUGCUCCGGGGCAUGAGUUGGGAGCUGAUGUCAUUUCUUCAGAUGAACCAUUGCUCUGCGUGGAUGACCUUGCUGACCAGAUUGCAGAAGUGCUUGAUUUCUUUGGGCUAAGGGAGGUUCUGUGCUUGGGUGUAACAGCUGGUGCUUAUGUCCUCACUCUAUUUGCUAUGAAAUACAAAGAACGAGUGCUUGGAUUGAUUCUUGUUUCACCUAUUUGCAAAUCUCCUUCAUGGACUGAAUGGCUUUACAACAAGGUCUUGAUGAAUUUAAUAUACUUCUAUGGUAUGUGCGGUGUACUGAAGGAAUGUCUUCUGCAGCGUUACUUCAGUAAGGAACUUAGGUGCAGUGUUCAGGGAGCAGAAUCAGAUAUAAUACUAACGUGCCGAAGGCUUCUGGAUGAAAGGCAAAGUUUGAAUGUCAUGCGAUUUCUCCAAGCUAUUAAUGUAAGGCACGAUCUCACUGAGGGUCUGAAGGACUUGCAAUGUAGAACACUUAUAUUUGCAGGUGAGAGUAGUCCAUUCCAUGCUGAAUCUGUGUACAUGAGCACAAAAAUGAACCACAAAAUCUGCGCACUUGUUGAGGUUCAGGCUUGUGGCUCACUAGUAACAGAAGAGCACCCAAAUUCCAUGAUAUCACCACUUGAGGGUUUCUUAAUGGGUUUUGGCUACCACAGACAAACACAUGCUGCUUCCUCAUCAAGCAAUUGUUCAAAUCCCGCAAGCCCCACUAGCCAUUAUUCAUGCAUAGCACCAGAACUGCUCUCCCCAGAGAGUUUAGGAAUUAAGCUCAAGCCCAUCAGAACCCGUGUUGAUGUUCAAUUCUAACUUUAUCCAGCACAAUACAGCCAUGGAGCGAGCUAAAUCAUUGCACAUAAUAUAAUAUAUAGCUAGUGUAGGAUAUAUUCUUUGAUUAAUGAUUAUGUUGGUGGACUAGUUAUAUUUGCAAAAAUGGCUGUUUUUCCUACUAAUGUAAAACAGUUGGAGGUGUCUUACAGUUUACAAUAGGACUAUUCUUUUCCUAAUGUUGAUUUUUGAGAUAUCUCUCACCAAAGUCAAUCUGUUCCGGAACUAAGCUGUACACCUUAACUUUGUCUUUUUUUGGUUAAUAGUUUGUCAUUCUUUCACUA